UGAGGUCACCAUAAUAUAAUCAAUUGAUUAAUUAGCAGAGCACGUAAGGAAGAUUCAAUAUAAAUAUCCGGUCCGAUAUUGCUGAAGCAGUUUAAUAAGUUGAUUGACAUACUUGCCGAAUUCAUGUUGCCCUGGGCUGCUGAAGUUGUCAUCGCCGUUUGCUAUCUAAGGAGGGGAGAGGAGGAAAAAUUAAGGAGACGGUGUUUCUCGUAUAGGAGUAUCAAGUGAACGGCAGCACACUUCGAGGCAAUACCUAAGCCGAUCUCGAUCGUCUUCUCUCUUGGUCCUCUUCCUCUUUAAGGAGAGGGAAUAGUGAGUGUGUCCAAGAUGGUUGUAGUUGGUCACGGGGGCAGUGAGGUGCCCAGGGCCCACAUGGCGAUGGCGACGGUGCAGGUGAUCGCCGCUGGCUAUCACGUUAUCGCGAAGCUUGCGCUUAACGUUGGAAUUAACCAGGUGGUCUUCUGCGUCUUCCGCGAUCUCCUCGCACUUUCCAUCCUCGCUCCCAUUGCUUUCUUCCGAGACAGAAAGGUUCGAGCUCCAAUAACAUCCCGUCUUCUUCUAUCAUUUUUCAUUUUAGGAUUGACAGGGAUUUUUGGUAACCAGCUUUUAUUUCUUAUGGGCCUUAGCUACACAAAUCCAACAUAUGCUGCAGCUAUUCAACCUGCAAUACCAGUGUUUACAUUUAUUUUGGCUGCAAUCAUGGGCACUGAAUCGGUUAACUUCCGCGUGUUGGAAGGUCAACUAAAGAUUAUAGGCACACUUGUAUGCGUGUUAGGGGCUGUACUCAUGGUUUUGUACAGGGGUCCAGCUAUAUUUGGAAAAAGUGGCUUUGAUUUGAUCGCCUAUAAUGAAAUAAGUGCCAGGUCUCAGCCUGAACCGUCUGGAUGGUUACUAUCUUCUUUGAAUGAAUUCGGGGUUGAACAAUGGCACAUUGGUGUCAUAUGUUUAAUUGGAAAUUGUUUGUGUAUGGCUAUUUAUCUUUCUUUACAGGCUCCAGUUUUGGCAAAGUUUCCUGCCAGCUUGUCUGUGACAGCAUACUCUUAUUUCUUUGGUGCUUCCUUGAUGUUGUUAACAGGAAUUUUCACAACAACCGAUUCAGUCGAUUGGAUGUUGAUAGAGUCUGAAAUUAUUGCAGUUCUUUAUGCGGGAAUUAUUGCAUCUGCUCUGAAUUACUGGUUAUUGACAUGGUCCAAUAAAAUAAUUGGCCCUGCCCUGGUUGCUCUUUACAAUCCUCUUCAACCAGCUGUCUCAGCAUUGUUAUCAACUCUAUUUCUUGGCAGUCCCAUUUACGCCGGAAGUAUUAUUGGAGGGCUUUUAAUCAUCUCUGGUUUAUACUUAGUGACGUGGGCUCGAUACAGAGAGAGUCAGGUAGCUGCCGGAACAUCGUAUGCAAAAUUUGUUUCCGAUUUUCUUCAUGAUAGGCUACCUCUUGUAACACGAGGGAUUGCCUUCUCAACUUCAUCCAAGGCAUCGGCUAGAUCUUUGAGUGAACCACAUGAAUCUUGAAUGUUUGUGAUUUCAAGGAAUGAUAUGUUAAUUGCUUAAUUUUAAUUGAGGAGAGAGGAAUCUUCAUCAGUAUUGAACAAUUAGUAACUCUGGAAAAAAAAUUGAAAAAUUCA